GACGUCACGAGGCAGGACUCUGCUCUCUGCUUCCGCGUUCAUUUUUGUUUCUCCAAACUGCGGCUUUCUCUAAUUUGGGACAGUGUCGCUUAAGCUAGGUGCUGGACAUGGAGGAACUUCUGUCAUUCAUAGAUGUAGCCAUUGAUUUCUCUGCAGAUGAGUGUGAAUGCUUGGACUCUGCUCAGUGGAACUUGUAUAAGGAAGUGAUGUUGGAGAAUUACAGUAACCUUGUCUUUCUGGGUCUUGCUCUCUCUAAGCCAUACCUGGUCACAUUUCUGGAGCAAAGUACAGAGCCUUGGAGUGUGAAGAAUGAAGCAGUAUCUGCCAUUCAUUCAGGAUCAAAAACCUAUCAAUGUAAAGACCGUGGGAAGGUCUUUGAUAGGAACUCAGUCCUUAUUCAACAUAAAAGAAUUCAUACUGGAGAGAGACUCUGUGCAUGUGAAGAAAGUGGCAAACCUUUUAACUAUUCUUCCAGCUUUAAACAGCACCAGAGAAUUCACACUGGAGAGAAACCCUACAAAUGCAAAGAAUGUGGCAAAGCUUUUAACUGUUCUUCCAGCCUGAACCAGCACCAACAAAUUCAUAGAGGAGAGAAACUCUAUAAAUGCGAUGACUGUGGGCAGGCCUUUAGCUGUUCUUCUUAUCUGUAUAAGCAUCGGCGAAUCCAUACUGGCAUGAAACCCUACAAAUGCAAGGAAUGUGGCAAGGCCUUUUACUGUUCUGUAAACCUUAUUUACCACCAGAGAACGCAUACUGGAGAGAAACCAUAUGAAUGUGAUGAGUGUGGGAAAGCCUUUAGCAUUUGUUUAACUUUCAUGAAACACCAGCAAAUACAUAGGGGAGAAAAUCCCCCCUAUAAACGCAAAGAAUGCAAGAAAAUCUUUAAUAAUUGUUAUAAUUUAAUUCAACACCAAAAUAUUCAUCCUGGAGUGAAACCAUACACAUGUAAAGAAUGUGGCAAAUCCUUUAACUAUUCUUCCCGCCUUAAGCAGCAUCAAAGUAUUCAUACCAGAGAGAAACCCUACAAAUGUGAAGUCUGUAGCAAAGAUUUUAAGUGUUCUUCAUAUCUGGGUAAGCAUCAAAAGAUCCAUACUGAAGAGAAACCCUACAAAUGUGAAGUAUGUGGCAAAACUUUUAAGUGUUCUUCAUAUCUGGGUAAGCAUCAAAGAGUCCACAGUGGAGAGAAACCUUACAGAUGUGAAGAAUGUGGUAAACCCUUUAGCAUUUUUUCAACUUUUAUGAAACACCAGCAAACACAUAGUAGAGAAAAACCCUAUAAAUGUAAAGAAUGUGAGAAAGCCUUUAGUAAUUUUUAUAAUUUAAUUCAACACCAAAAAAUACAUACUGGAGAGAAACCCCAUGCAUGUGAAGAAUGUGGCAAAUCUUUUAAUUAUUCUUCCCGCCUUAAGCAGCAUCAAAGUAUUCAUACCAGAGAGAAACCCUAUAAAUGUGAAGUGUGUGGCAAAGCUUUUAAGUGUUCUUCAUAUCUGAGCAAGCAUCACAGAAUCCAUACUGGAGAGAAACCCUACAAAUGUGAAGAAUGUGGCAAAGCUUUUAAAUGUUCUUCAUAUCUGGUUAAACAUCAAAGAGUCCAUACUGGAGAGAAGCGCUACAGAUGUGAAGAGUGUGGCAAACCUUUUACUAAUUGUUCAGGCCUUAUUGUUCACCGGAGAGUUCAUACUGGAGAGAAACCCUACAAAUGUGAAAAAUGUGGCAAAGCCUUUAGUGUUUUCACAACGCUCUCUAGACAUCAGAGAAUUCACUUUGGAGAGAAACCUUACAACUGUGAUGAAUGUGGAAAGACAUUUAAUAUUCAUUCAAUGCUGUCAAAACAUCAGAGAAUUCAUACCAGAAAGAAACCCUACAAAUGCAAAGACUGUGGCAAAGCCUUUAAUUAUACUUCAAGUCUUGCUCAACAUGAAGAAUUUCACACUGGAGAGAAACCCUACAAAUGUGAACAAUGUGUCAAAGCCUUUCAAAAUUGUUCAAACUUUACUCAAAACUGCAGAAUUCAUUGUAGAGAAAAAUCCAGAUUAUUCCAAACACUGUUGCAAACGCUUCCAUAUUGGGCCAGUGUCCGGUCUUUUUGGCGCCCUGGUAGCAUCUCUGACAUGGAGGGACUGCUCUCCUUCACAGAUGUGGCCAUUGAUUUCUCUGCAGAGGAGUGUGAAUGCCUGGACCUUGCCCAGUGGAAUUUGUAUAGGGAUGUGAUGUUGGAGAAUUACAGCAAUCUUGUAUUCCUGGGUCUUAGUUUCUCUAAGCCAUACUUGAUCACAUUUCUUGAGCAAAGUAAAGAGCCCCAGAAUAUGAAGGGACCAGCAACGGUAGCUCUAUACCCAGGAAUAAAACCUUAUGAAUUUAACGAAUGUGGCAAGACCUUUCCUUCGAACUCACUUCUUAGUCAACACCAUACAAUUAAUCCUGGAGAAAAACUUUACAAAUGUGAUGAAUGUGGCAAGACCUUUAAUGUCCGCUCAACACUCUAUAAACACCAUAGAAUUCAUACUGGAGAGAAACCCUACAAAUGUAAAGAAUGUGGCAAAGCUUUUACAUGUUCUUCAAGCCUUAACCAACACCAUAGAAUUCACACUGGUGAGAAACCUUACAAAUGUGAAUGUGGCAAAGCUUUUAAUAAUUCUUCAGCUCUUACUCAGCACCAAAGAACUCAUACUGGAGAGAGACCAUACAAGUGUGAAGAAUGUGGCAAGGCCUUUAACAAUUGCUCAGCCCGUACAAGACACCAAAGGAUCCAUACUGGAGAAAGACCCUAUAGGUGUGCACACUGUGGCAAGACCUUUAAUUUUCCCACAUCACUUUCUCAACACCAGAGAAUUCAUACUGGAGAGAAACCCUAUAAAUGUGAAGAGUGUGGCAAAGCAUUUAAUUGUUCUUCUCAUCUUAAACAACACCGUAUUAUUCAUACUGGAAAGAAACCCUACAAAUGUAAAGAAUGUGGCAAGGCUUUUAACUGUUCUUCAAGCCUUAACCAACACCAUAGAAUUCACACUGGUGAGAAACGCUACAUAUGUGAGGAAUGUGGUAAAGCCUUUAACAAUUGUUCAGCUCUUACUCAACACCAAAGAAUUCAUAGCGGAGAGAAACCAUACAAGUGUCAAGAAUGUGGUAAGGCCUUUUAUAAUUGCUCAGCCCUUUCUCGACACCAAAAAAUUCAUACAGGAGAAAAACCCUACAAAUGUGGAGAUUGUGGCAAGGCUUUUAUUUUUCGCUCAUCACUUUCUCAGCACCAGAGAAUUCAUACUGGAGAAAAACCCUACAAAUGCAAGGAAUGUGGCAAAGCCUUUAACUGUUCUUCACACCUUAACCAACAUGGAAGAAUUCACAGUGGAGAGAAACCUUAUAAAUGUGAAGAGUGUGGCCAGAUGUUCAUCUGUUCUUCAUACCUACAUAAGCAUCAGAAGAUUCAUAGUAUUGAGAAACUGUAUGAAUGCAAAGAAUGUGGUAAAACGUUUAGCUGUUCUUCAUAUCUUAAGUAUCAUCAGAGAUUUCAUACUGGCGGGAAAUCCUACACAUGCAAAGAAUGCAACAAAACCUUUAGGUCAUCUUCAUACCUUAGGAAUCAUCAGCGAUUUCAUACUGGAGAGAAACCCUACACAUGCAAAGAAUGUGGCAAAGCAUUUGUUAGUUCUUCAAGCCUUCUUGUACACCAAAGAAUUCACACUGGAGAGAAACCGUACAAAUGCAAAGAAUGUGGCAAGGCCUUUAGGUGUUCUUCAUAUUUUAAGUAUCAUCAAAGACUUCAUACUGGAGAGAAACCAUUUAUAUGCAAGGAAUGUGGAAAGGCCUUUGCUAAAUCUUCAUGUCUUAUUCUACACCAAAGAAUUCAUACUGGUGAAAGGCCCUACAAAUGUGCAGAAUGUGGCCAGGCAUUUAUCUGUUCUUCAUACCUGAGGAAGCACCAGAGAAUCCAUUCUGUUGAGAAACCAUAUACAUGUGAAGUAUGUGGCAAAGCUUUUAGCAUUUACUCAGCCUUCAUUCAACACCGGAGAAUUCAUACUGGAGAAAAACCUUAUAAAUGCAAGGAAUGUGGAAAAACAUUUAAUUAUCGUUCAGCCCUAAUUAAACAUCAAAGAAUUCAUACUGGAGAGAAACCUUACACAUGCAGAGACUGCAGUAAAGCCUUUAAUAAUAGCUCAAGCCUUCUUCGACAUCAACGAAUUCAUAAUAGAAUUGAAACCCUAGAAAUUCAAGGAAUAUGGCAAGGCCUUUAAUAAGAGUUAACUCUUAGCUCCAAAAACUCAUACUAGUGAGAAACAGUGGAAUGGAAAAAAGGUGACUAAUUAAUAAAUGUUCUAUACAUAUACAAUAUUAAAAACUCACGCAUGAAAGAAACCCUACAAGUUCCAAUAGUGUUGCAAGUCUCUUAAGUCUUCUUCAUGUCUUUCUUGACAGCAGAGAAUUUGUAUUUGGAAACCCUACAAAUAUACAUAAUGUAUCAGGGUUUUUAAUGAGUGUGCACUCUUCAUCAAUCAGUUUAGGCUUCAUAGAAAUCUUAUCUGUUUCUUGGCUUGGGGAAGAAUGCUGUCCAGUAUGUGUGAGCAUAUCGGAAGACGUUGUCUAAAUAUAAAGAGUAGAGCAUUUUAAUGAGUAUGAGAAUUACUGUAGAUGACAAAUCUUAGGAAUAUAUAGAAGAAUGUAAAAAUGAAACAAACAUUGCUUAUAAAGUAGGGGCAUUAUUUGACAUGGUAGAAAUAAAUCAUCACAGACAUCAGAAUAGUGUGCACAGUUUAUCUCAGUAAGGAUAUGAAUUUGUUAAUGAAGCUGUAUUUACUAUGUAUCCUUGUUUGAAAAUGGAAGUUAGCAUAACUCUCAGAUUGUAUUAAAAGAAUAAAACUAGUUCCUGUUUGAUUUUAGUCUAGUUUUUUUUCCUCAGAUAACAUAUAGUAGAUACAAAAUAGAGAUUGUGUGUGAAGCUUACUUUAAAUAAACCAAUUUGAGCAGUUCA